GUGGGAGGAAGUUGAACCACAAAGCAAGCAGUGCCACUGUGCUAGCAAAAAACACAGAAAAAUACAACUUAGAAGAAGGGACUCCAACUUAAAACAUGUGCCAUAUUGGAGCUGGGGAAGGAGCAGCUUAACAGAGACGGAUCGGACAGUAUUGGACGCCAAGACGCUCCAGCGGAGGCAGCGGACCGACACUUUGCUACUUAGCCGGAGUGUGGACUCCCCAGCGCGGAUAGCCUGGCAGGCAGGAGUCGCUCGGGGCUGGCUCGGCUCCCCUCGUUUUUACUUCAGCUACCGACCUCCGUGUGGUCGAUUUACGAGACAAACACCCGCAGCACAGUGCUAUAUUAGGUGUUAAGCACAACACCUGGUGCUUGACGGUGUUGUCGUGCCAUUUUUAACCAGUUUACAGCGACGAGGAAAGUUUACCAAGCUAAACUACCGCCGGAGCCGAUUUCCAUCUCCCGGCGCUCCCUCCCCCUCCUCCACCACCAUCAGCGUCACCAUCAGCCCACCGUCAGUCACUCUGUGCUGGCUCUCCAGGCGAGGAGGGUCCCCCCAACACUCGGGGUAACUCAACAAGCAAACUAUGGAUUAUAUUGUGCGAUUUCAUCUUUGCUUUUGAAGCCGUUUGGACUCUCGGUGUCAUUUUUUCUGGUGCUGGUUGCUCUCGGAAACGCUGCAAGACUUCCCCAAAAUAGACUCGCAGCCGUUAGCUUAUUAACCAAAGCUGAAACCGAGCCAGUGUUGCUGUUAAAUCCGCCAGCUAGUGAGUCUGUUAGCUGCUGGCGACCACGGUGCUUGUUCACACGUACCUGCUGGAGUGAAACAACCCAAACUCGAUGUAUAAAUUGAUUAAUCAUUCUUAUUCGAUAGUUAGCCUGCUGGCUAGCUGGUUUCAUUUUUUGCUAGCUAGCGUGGUGGCUAACUAGCAGACGAACCCGAAAUAUCGAUAAUCCCAGCAGCAGCAGCAGCAGCAGCAGCGGGCUAAAGCAAGUUAGCUUCGUGGAUUUGGUGUGUGAUUAGUUGAGCACACCCUUUAUCUUGUGUUAAACCUCUGGUGUUUAAUGACAUCUUUUCGGGCGACAUUUUUUUCGUGAUUGACUUAAGGGACAGGAAGCAAGGCAGCAGCAGCAGCAGCAGCAGCAACGACGGCAACAUAAACAACCGCGGUGUGUAGACCUUCCUCAUCUUCAACCUGUGUGUUUAUUUGUGCCAAACUGCAUCAGAGAGAUUUGCAUUUUCUUGGUGCACCAGCUGAGAUCUUGAGGAGACACCUUGAUGACACACAACCCGUCGCCUCUUUUGUUUAUCUGUAUCCCCCCUUUUUUCUUUCCGAUUGAGACGAAGACACGUGUCGCUGUUAUAUUACUGCUUUCCUAAAGACACAGAAGGAGCCAGUCACAUUUCCACUGUGCAGCCACUCCACUAAAAUUAGACCCUUUUUUUUGCUCAACAGCACAGUGUUUACAUUUUAAGGAAAAAGCCCUGCAACGCCGCACUGGAGACAAACCAGUCGUUUGGACACAUUUCCAUCAAGAGGGGACCAGGAGAGUCCCCAGAGACCUGUAGGGUUUGACAGCUGUCUCCAGACCCAGCAUCUGGUGCAUCUACCUAUCUCUGUGAGACUUAUCACGUUACUAUAAAGCGAGGAAGGAAGUACAAGAUCUUUUCUUUGCAUCAUUUUCCCCCCUGAAGAAACCUGCAUUUUUUCCUGCACUAAAUGGGAUUACAAGGACGGUGCUGACUGUGUAUCUCUCGAUCAGCCUGUCACCCAAUGUCUCCCCUCCUGAAUUCCCUUUUUUCUGUCACAAUGAUGGUAGUUUGAGGCGAAGUGAGCAGAACACAGCCGACAGGAGACAACGACACCAUUCCCGUCGAUGGUCAGCCCUGCCGUCCGCUCAGCUGGCCCUGUCACGCACCUUGGCGCUUGAUGUUGCUCAUAUCUGGUGGAGGACAUUGUUUUUUUAAGCCCCUCAAAUAAAACAAACCCAUCCCCAGCCCGGUUAUUUUAUUGAUUUGCUCGUCCCAGGGUCGAAAGAUGGCGGACCUCGAAGCAGUGCUCGCCGAUGUCAGUUAUUUGAUGGCGAUGGAGAAGAGCAAAUCUACUCCAGCGGCCCGGGCGAGUAAGAAAAUCAUCCUGCCUGAGCCCAGCAUUCGCAGUGUGAUGCAGAAGUACCUCGAGGAGAGAGACGAACUGACAUUUGACAAAAUUUUCAACCAGAAAAUUGGCUUCCUACUGUUCAAAGACUUCUGUAUGAAUGAGAUCGACGAGGCCGUGCCACAGCUCAAGUUCUACGAAGAAAUUAAGGACUACGAGAAGCUGGACUCGGAGGAGGAGAGGCUGAGCCGCAGCCGGCAGAUUUACGACGGCUACAUCAUGAAGGAGCUGCUGUCAUGUUCACAUCCGUUUUCAAAGAAAGCAGUGGACCAUGUGCAGAGUCACUUAGCAAAGAAACAGGUUCCCCCGACUCUCUUCCAGCCAUACAUAGUGGAGAUCUGUGACAGCUUGAGAGGGAAGAUCUUCCAGAAGUUCAUCGAGAGUGACAAAUUUACUCGCUUUUGCCAGUGGAAGAACGUGGAGCUCAACAUCCAUCUGACCAUGAACGACUUCAGCGUGCAUCGGAUCAUCGGCCGGGGCGGCUUCGGCGAGGUGUACGGCUGCAGGAAGGCCGACACGGGGAAGAUGUACGCCAUGAAGUGUUUGGACAAGAAGAGGAUCAAGAUGAAGCAGGGGGAGACUCUCGCGCUCAAUGAGAGAAUCAUGCUGUCGUUAGUCAGCACAGGGGACUGCCCGUUCAUCGUGUGCAUGACGUACGCCUUCCACACCCCCGACAAGCUGUGCUUCAUCCUGGACCUCAUGAACGGGGGCGACCUGCACUACCACCUGUCUCAGCACGGUGUGUUCAGUGAGAAAGAGAUGCGUUUCUACGCAGCCGAAAUCAUCCUGGGUCUGGAGCACAUGCACAACCGCUUCGUCGUCUACAGAGACCUCAAGCCAGCUAAUAUCCUGUUGGAUGAGCACGGUCAUGUUCGUAUCUCCGACCUCGGCCUGGCCUGCGACUUCUCCAAGAAGAAGCCCCACGCCAGUGUGGGCACUCAUGGCUACAUGGCUCCGGAGGUUCUUCAGAAGGGGACGGCGUACGACAGCAGCGCCGACUGGUUCUCUUUAGGCUGCAUGCUCUUCAAACUCCUCCGAGGGCACAGUCCCUUCAGACAGCACAAGACCAAAGACAAACAUGAGAUUGACCGCAUGACGCUCACCAUGAAUGUGGAGCUGCCAGACUCUUUCACUGCAGAGCUCAAAGACCUGCUGGAGGGGCUGCUGCAGAGAGACGUAUCCAAGAGGCUCGGCUGUCAGGGCCGAGGAGCCCCAGAGGUGAAGGAACAUCAGUUUUUCAAAGGCAUUGACUGGCAGCAGGUGUACCUCCAGAAGUACUCUCCUCCUUUAAUUCCUCCCCGGGGAGAGGUGAACGCCGCAGAUGCUUUCGACAUAGGCUCCUUUGAUGAGGAGGACACCAAGGGCAUCAAGCUGCUGGACAGUGACCAGGAGCUGUACAAGAACUUCCCUCUGGUCAUAUCAGAGCGCUGGCAGCAGGAGGUGGCAGAGACGGUCUACGAGGCGGUGAACUCGGACACGGACAAGAACGAGGCUCGCAAGAGGGCCAAGAACAAGCAGCUCGGCCACGAGGAGGACUACGCCUUCGGAAAGGACUGCAUAAUGCACGGCUACAUGUUGAAGCUGGGGAACCCGUUCCUGACCCAGUGGCAGCGCCGAUACUUCUACCUGUUCCCCAACCGUGUGGAAUGGAGGGGAGAGGGCGAGUCACGGCAAAACCUGCUGACGAUGGAGCAGAUCGUGACGGUGGAAGAAACGCAGAUUAAAGACAAGAAAUGUAUCCUGCUGCGCAUCAAAGGAGGGAAGCAGUUUGUACUGCAGUGUGAGAGCGAUCCGGAGUUCGUGCAGUGGAAGAAAGAGCUGACCGAAGCGUUCACAGAAGCCCAGAAGCUGCUGCGCCGCGCCCCCAAAGUCAUCGGGAAAGGCCGGGCCGGAGUGGUGGAGCUCUCCAAACCUCCCCUCACACACCGCAAUAGCAAUGGCCUGUGAAUACACAACACACACGCACGCACACAUAUAUAAAUAUAUAUAUAUCACACACACAUACACACACACACCUGUACACACACACACUGCAUCCCACCUCCUCUCCCUCUCCAUCAGCUGCCCCGACACCUCCCCACAACGCCUCGCAGUGUGUACGGACCAUGCACACCAGCGUCUUACCCACACACACACAUACACACACACACACACACACUCGACCAAUCAUAAGCGCGAUUUUUCGUCUGCCAUGGGACCUUGCCAGUUCACCAAGAGGAAGAGAGAAACAUUCGGGAGGGCUCAGCAUGUGAAGAACUUCUGCAUGAAUGUGACAAGGACUGACGCCCGGUCCUCUCUUGUCCCCGUCUUUCUCUUUUUCUCCUCCCCUCCCUCUCUACACCUGUACCCCGCCGCCGCCGCCACUGCCGCCGCCGCCGCCACCACUGGAUGGGGCUUUCUCGACCAGGACCCACAGCAGCCUGGCGGGCUACAGGUCCGAUCUCUCGGAGGCGGCGCCGGUGAGGCCCUGAGGCUUUGGCGGGAGGACAAAUAAAAAAAGGCUGCUCGACCUGUUCUCCUCUAACCAUCCCUCCCUCUGUUACUGAAGUGCGUAAAGUGCCAACAUCAAUAUUUACUUGAGUCACCUAAGCACCCUGGAGGAGCUGCUUGGUGGCAGAUAUCGCCCCCAGAUACACACAGGAGGUGGCGGCGGCGGCGGCGGCGGCUGUGGUGGUGGUUGAUCAUUCCAAUGCAGACAACAGGAAGUACAAGGACCACAGACUCUUUCAAGAUUGGCUCCUGUACAGCCAGUUGCCAUAGAGACUGGGAUUCCAUUGGCUGACAAACAGCAGCCUGGUUGCUAUGGGAACCAUGAAGACUGGUAUACCUGGGGAACCGGUAACCACGGACAAUGGUGUAACUAUUGUGUAUGAAGGCUACGCUUGCAGAGGAAGAGGCGACGGAGGAGGGAGGAGGGAGUGACUCUGAGUGUACAUACGAAACCCUUUCUCUCCCUCUCUGUGCAUCUCCAGUGUUUUAGUCCAACGUGUUUGCAUUAUCGGGGACUUCUCUGUCUGCCUGUUCGUGAAUCUGUCCUGGCUUUAGGGGAAGAAGAGGAAGAGGAAGAGUGUU